AUGGCCAACCAUAAACAUUUUUCUGCAGUACUCAAUGUACUGAAAGCCACCAUUGUGCUACUGCUACAAUGUACAAAAAUCCGUUCUGUAGUUGGAGUUUCUCUAGCAACGCAAACAGCAGGAAGGUGGAAGCUUCUUAUGAAUAACACUGGCGUGAUAGCCAUGCACAUGGCUUUAACACACUACGACACUGUUGUUAUAUUUGAUCAAACUAGUGCUGGUCCGUCUGGAUAUCGACUCCGACGACGGUUUGGGGGAAAAAUAUGUACAACUUCUCCUGCUGACAUGGUAGACCCCAACUGCUAUGCCCAUUCUGUGGAGUAUGACAUUUCAAAGAAUCAAGUCAGAGCUCUCCAAAUUUCUUCUGAUACCUGGUGCUCCUCUGGUUCCAUCCUGAGCAAUGGGACGUUAUUACAGACAGGUGGUUAUGGUAGCGGGGCUCGAAGAAUUCGCAACUUUAGACCUUGUAAAGACCAUCAUUGCAAUUGGAGUGAAUCCAAUAAGUUGUUAUCAAAUGCUCGUUGGUAUGCUACAACUAUAGUCCUUCCUGAACACGAUCGGUUAUUUGUGGUGGGUGGCAAGAGAGCCUUCAAUUAUGAAUUCGUUCCAAAAAUGGGGAAAGAGAAGUCGUACGAUCUCCCAUUCUUGCACCGAACUUUUAACAGUCGUGAGGGAGGAAACAACCUCUAUCCCUUUGUUCAUCUCUCCAGUGAUGGGAACUUGUUCAUUUUCGCCAAUAGAGACUCGAUUCUAUUCAAUUAUAGACGAAACAAAGUGGUGAAGACAUUUCCUCGAAUACCUGGUGGGGGAGGGCGGAACUACCCUGCCACUGGCUCCUCAGUUAUGCUCCCAUUAGACCAUAGAAACAAGUUUCAAGUGGUCGAAGUCAUGGUAUGUGGGGGCUCUGCUACCGGAGCAUACAGAGCAGCACGACGUGGGCAGUUCAUGAAAGGUCUGCGAUCAUGCGGAAGAAUGGUGAUCACUGGGAACAGGCAUAAAUGGAAUAUGGAAAACAUGCCAGAACCUCGGCUCUUACACGAUAUGCUAAUCCUUCCCACAGGCAAUAUCUUGAUCAUCAAUGGAGCUAAAACCGGUUGUGCAGGAUGGGGGAAUGCAAGAAACGCGUCCCUUCGACCCUAUCUCUACAAGCCCAAAAACCAACUGAACAGAAGAUUCUCAAUCCUGAGAUCAACUAAAAUAGCAAGAAUGUACCACUCGUCAGCCAUUGUUCUCACCGAUGGAAGAAUCUUAAUCGCAGGUGGAAAUACCAAUAAAAAUUACACAUAUAUCAACGUACCUUACCCAACAGAACUCAGAUUACAAGCAUAUCAUCCACACUACACCGAGUCAAAACACAACAACCAGAGGCCAAGAAAUGUGACGAUACACUACGCUCGCGGAGAUUACGGCAUCAAAUAUGGCGGAGAGUUCAGAGUUCGAUUCAAAUUGGGGAGAAGGAGGAAAGAAGACGCUAUAGAAUUUAACAUUUACUCCCCGCCAUUCGCGACCCACUCGUUUUCGAUGAAUCAAAGGUUGGUGAAACUAAGGAGGAAAAUAAUGGCGAGAGAAGGGAAUGGGGAGUGGAUGAGUGCCAUAGUGGAGGGUCCACCGUCGGCAAAUGUUGCACCGGCGGGUUAUUACUUGUUCACGGUGGUGUAUGGAGGAAUUCCAAGCGUUUCUCGGUGGAUAAGAAUCAUACAUUCCUAA